AUGAAACGCAUCAAGUCCUCCGACAUUGUUCAUGAAGAAGAGUCUAGUCAAAAAAAACGACUCGUGAGCAAUUCGAGCGCAGAAGUGCAAGAGGUACCAACAAUCACACAAAACACAGAAUCCGCAUCAUCAUCAUCCAAUAUUGAUACACCAACAAAACUUGCUGAUGAUCCUAAAAUUGAAAAUUUUAUUGUUGAAUCUGUUAAAUAUGAACUUGCUUUGAGAAGUAUUGAAUCGGAAUAUGUGCAAGCGUCUCCACAAGAUAGAACUAAAUUAAUCAACAUUUGCAAAAUAUUGCAAUCGAAAUUGGCAAAACUUGUGGACGUAUUUAGUUCUGCAGAAAUUCUCAUUCUUCGAGACAACUCCAAAGGUGUUACUCAACACUACGGCAAAUUUAAUUUAAUUGAAACACCUGACGUAUGGGCUGUGGUUUUCUCAUUCUUGACAUUUUCUGAUUUUUUGAAGGUGUCUCGAGUUUGUAAAGUGUGGCGCAAUGCAUCUCAAUAUGAUAGUGCGUUGUCAUCCUUUGAACUUACCCCGUACAUGGAUUUUUCAAACAUGUCACAAUUUGAAAUCUUUAAGACUUACAUUGAACCAAGAAAGAAAUAUAUUAGAACAGCAAGCGGACUUUCAAACGAUAUGCUUCAUUGGCUUUCCUCACAUGGCAUCAUAUUCAAGAACGCAACCUAUAUUGAAAACGAGGAAAAGGUAGAAAAAAAGAAGAGAAGAGGAACUUGGCAAUAUUUGGAGGACAUGAAAAUGUUACAACGUCAAACAUUCCUAAAGAUUGAUGAACCAUACACUGUUUCAGGUGGAUCUGUGUAUCACGUGGUUGAUGGCGUUGUAAUCAAGGAGAAGACAACAAAGGAAGUUGUAAAGUCACACCGAUCUGUUCGAUUAAGCACUACUAAACCUGUCGAAUUUGAAGAUGCUCACUGCAUACAGGACCUGGCUUUACUUAAAUGCCCCCCAACACUUCCAGAAUUCCCUAACCUUACUAGGUUACAUUUAGAAGGAAGUUUUGACCUUGAAGCUAGCUUGAAAGAUUAUAAAUUUAGAUCUAUCAAGCUUGACACCUUGCGCUUGGACAAUGAUUCCCAGAUUCGUAACCUUUCAACAUAUGUAAACCUUGCACAGAUUAAGACCUUACAAAUUGGAUACCCAAAACUAAGACUCAAAGCUGAAAUAUUUUCCAAUAUAACUAGUUUAGAAGUGAAAUCCAUUUACGAAUCAUCUUUGAAGAACAUUGGACAGAACUUGAAGUCUCUUUCUAUUGAAAAACUGCUGGAUCCGAAAGGAAAAAUCACUUCAUAUAUAUCAAAUAUUGAGCGCUUGAAUAUUCUUGAAGACAUUUUCGAUAACUUGUCCAGCAUCAAAUCACUUGUGAAACUGCGUCAUUUAACACUGCACGCAAGCAGACAAAAUAGUCUUCGUUUAGAGUCUGGAACGCUUCAAUCCCUUGAGAUACAUGGAUUCGAAUUGAUUUACAUUAAUUGUGUCAACCUUUCUUCAUUAAUCAUCAAUGAGAAAAAGAAUAAUUGUGUGUCAUCAUUAUCCAUAUUCAGUCAAAACUUGAAUUAUAUUGACUUUAAAGGAGCUAUUGGAGUAUUAAGUAUCACUGGACCAAACCACUUUUCCAAUGGACAUAUACUUUCGAAAGUUGGAAUUUUCAAGGAGUUACAAUGCCCAUUAAUGGAGAAGAUUAUUGUGAAUUCGAUUGAAAGCAUGCAAAGUGAAAGUUGUAAACGUCUUAUUAGUCUACAGGUGAAAUCACUCACAUUGCGUGCGUCAUUUAUUCAAUUAUUUGAAAUUACAAAUAAUAUUGAAUAUUUAACUCUAGAAAAUUGGGAAACGAUCACAGAAAAUGUUUCACAAAAAUUAUUCACCUACAAGGAAAACAGCAAACACAUCAAAAAGCUUGUCUUGAAAGAAGUUUCUGAAGAAUGUAUUGAAGCUCUGAAUACGAUAUUCCAAGAUUCUCCUGUAUUAGAAACGUUAGAAAUUGAUUCAUGUAGAGUUCCAAAAUCUUUAUUUUCAGCUCUUGAACGUUCAUCAAAAUAUCCAAAUUUGCAGACUUUGAAAAUUUCAAAGAUAUCAACACCUCUUUCAUUGAAUCUGAUGGAAGUUGGAAAUAGAUCAAACUUGAAACAUCUUCGAUUUGAUACCUCAGUUACUGGCUAUUUCUUCAUUCCACACUCCAUCGAAAUUUUAGAAAUUUACAAUUUUUCGGCACUAUCUACAACACGUCAUGAAAAUUUGAAACGAUUAACCAUGAUUGGAUUCGAAAAAAAUUCAUUGAAGAAUUUCCCAAACUUGACACAUUUAACUGUUGAUUCAGGUGACGUAUUGGACGUCAAUGUGCUAAAACAUUGCAAACAUUUGAAAAUGGUGAUGAUUUUAGAUGAAAUGGAAGCUGCUCUUUUUCCGAAACUAGCACAAGCGUAUCCUCAAGUGACUUUUUAUGUAAACUUUAAAGCCGUAAUUACACCCUCACAUUUUGAGCGUUAG